ACGCAGCUUGCGUCCUUAAUAUUGUUAUCUCUUGUCAUUUCAGGCUGUGGUGAUACUGCGCUCGCCGAAGUCACCGAACAAAGUGACACACCUCAGGCUCUAGAUCUGAUGGGCGGAUGCUUCACAGCACCCAAAAUUUUGGAAGAGACGGCCGUUUCCAGACCAAUCGACAUGCAUAGUCGAUACAACUAGCUCAUUUGAUGCGCUUGCACAAAGGCUCUCAGGGAGCUCUCUUACUACUGGUGCAUGCUUCCGGAACAGUCGUUGCGACAACUAACUUCACUCAGUGUCUGAGCGAUAUCAUUCAGAAUGCAAGUGCUCAAAAUUUGACCGGAUUACUCAACGGCAACGGAGACCCCGCAUCGAAUAUCUCCGAUGCGACAUCGAUCAGCUACUCGAUGUGCACAUCCCGCUGCGGGACUGGACAGGAACCUUUCCAGUGGUCUGAAUUUUCGCAAGAAUUCAGUGCUUGGCUGUUGCCAAAUCUUGCACUGAUUUCGCAGCUCCCCUUUGGGGCACAGUACAGACUUGAUAAUCUCAUGUCCGCUAUCUUGACUGUUGGGUCACCGACACUUGCUGGUUACUCUCUAUUCAUCACCCUCCUCAACUCUCGCUGGAUCAAACGACGGUUUGAUCACUUAGUAGACUAUCCUAAUUCACGUUUCGUGCUCUCUAUCUUGAGCAGCCUUCAGCAAGUCCCUCUCAGACUGCAUCCUGAUCGCAUACGCUUACCCUCUCUCGUUAUCCUUCCGGAAAACGACGACUCCUGGUGGAAAUGUUUCGCUGAAUUCGUGGACUACACCCAUACAUGGUCAAUCGCGUCCGCAACCUCCAUUGCAUGGGUCGUUGUCGCCUAUAUCCUGACUGUAGCCAAUUCACUAUCGAACGUUUACACGAACGUCCAAUCCAGUGGAGAGGCCACUGGCUCAAUGUGGUUGUGGUUGAUUCCAAUAGUCGUCGGGUGGCUGCGACUCUCCCCGAAAUGCGACUUCAAUCGCUUACAAGCUGCUUAUGACCGUGCAGACAGACACAGUAUGCACACAGGAACAGCAGACAGUGAUGCCGCGAUGUUUCCCGCGUCAUCCCGGAGAGCGUUGGCAAUAACUGCUAAGGAUGAUGAUGUGAUGUCUCCAGACGAGCUCCUCACCCCUCCGGUGUUUAAUUACUCGCGUUCGCUGCGAUGGGCAUCUACAGCAAAUACUAUCUUCAUGGUGUUCAAAGUGGCAUCAGAGAAGCCUCAUAUCCAUCUUCCCGUUUGUGGGAGUGAUUGGGUCGAAUCUAGCAUUGACAUCGAGUCCGACACUACCGAGGACAACGAAAUUAUCCAAUACAUCGACACUGUCCAAGACAAUGACGACAGAAACCGGCGUGGGCCCCUCCAAUACAUCCCUGUAUACUAUGCGCAACCCAACAGGGUACAGAGUUUGAGCAACCAUUGGGCACCUGGUGUGUUCACAAGAAUGGUUAUCGCUUCCUGCGCUUCGCUUGGCUUACAAUGGGGAACAGUCGGAGCAGCAUCUCUGGUAGGGUGGUUCACCCCUACAACAGGAAUAGGGUGUCGAACUUUGGGUUAUCUUCUUUACGGAGUCAUUUCGACUUUAGUUUGGAUGAUGCUCCUGUUGUCCAGUAUUCUCGCUCACUCUUCCGCCGCUGACCCCCGCCGAGUAUCGCUAUAUGCACGUCUUGCUUUGGCGGUUUCGCACGUCCUGCGAUGGACGGGCAAAUCGUUGGCCCUACUAAACUUUUUUUUGGCGACCAUGGCAUGUGUAUUCCAGUACUCCAGCUUCUACGAUAGAUGUUACUGCAAUUCCAGCGUGUUUAGCAGGGGAAGCACAGCGUAUGCUGUGGUUAUCGAAACCACAGCCCAAGCUGCACAGGCUAAGACUGCCUGGAUCGGUGCCCUUGUCUUAGCAUGUACAUCAGCAUCGGUUUUCCUUGGUAUCCUGAAUCUUUUGUCGGACACUUUACCAUCGUAG